ACUGCCGGCCACUAAGGUUAGUUUGUGUCUCUAGAAUCUCGAAAUUCAGAUCCUCGUCUUUGUUUGUAAAACCCCUAUUCUCUCUCUCUCUCUUUCUCUCUCUCUCUCUCUCUUUCUCUCUUCAGCUUUAAGACUGUUCCAUAGGUGUAUUGUUCAGUGGCAAAUAUGAACUUUGCUGCACCAUCAAUCGGUUCUGUUGGUGGUAGAUCUGCUGCAAGAGCAUUUGAGUUUGGAAGAACCUAUGUAGUCAGGCCUAAAGGUAAACACCAAGCAACUAUAGUUUGGUUGCAUGGCCUCGGGGAUAAUGGCUCCAGUUGGUCCCAGUUAUUAGAGACACUUCCUCUUCCAAAUAUUAAAUGGAUAUGUCCAACUUCUCCUACCCGACCAUUGUCUGUAUUUGGUGGUUUUCCUUCUACCGCUUGGUUUGAUGUGGAAGAACUUUCUGAAGAAGCUCCCGAUGAUCUUGAAGGUUUGGAUGCUUCAGCAGCACAUGUUGCCAAUUUGUUGUCUACAGAACCUGCAGACAUUAAGCUUGGUGUUGGAGGGUUUAGUAUGGGAGCAGCGACUGCCCUUUACUCAGCAUCCUGCUUUACUGCUGGAAAAUAUGGGAAUGGCAAUGCUUAUCCAGCCAACAUAAGUGCGGUUGUUGGUUUAAGUGGCUGGCUUCCAUGUUCAAAGACCUUGAGUGACAAGUUACGAGGUGUAGAUGAAGCUACGAGGCGUGCUCAGUCUUUUCCCAUUUUGAUGUGUCAUGGAAAAGGUGAUGAUGUGGUUCCAUAUAAGUUUGGUGAGAAAUCAUCGAAAUGCUUAAGUUCUAAUGGAUUUCAGGAUGUAACUUUUAAAGCUUAUAAUGGGCUUGGCCACUACACAAUUCCAGAAGAGACGGAUAAUGUUUGUGCUUGGCUAACAUCAAAAUUGGGACUUGAGGGCAAUGCUGCUGCAUAGUUUGCAUUAGCAAGACAUGAACCAAAAUGUGAAAAAAAUAUUCAUUCCCUUUUUUCUAUUACUUGUAUUAUUACUAUAAUUUAAUUGUAGUUGCGACUUUGUCAGGAGUAUCUUGGGGGGUAUUAUUGGUUAAGAAAACAAAAAUGAUAAGUAUUUAUUGGAAAUAUUAUCUUGUCCCUGCUUUGAGUUUGCGUGAUA